CUGAACUGAAAUCAGCGUUUGUUCUUUUUCCAUUUCUCGUAUAGGUUUUCUUCAGGUGAAUUCAAAAUCAUUCGGAAGAUAAAAGCGGGAUUUCGUCUUCGCCUGAAUCUUGCGAGGGGACAGAGUGUUGCCAAAGAUGGAUCCAGACGCGGUUAAGUCGACUUUGUCCAAUCUCGCAUUCGGUGGUGUCAUGGCCGCAGCUGCCAGAGAUUAUCAAAAGGAAAUUCUAGCACAAGAAAAGGCGCAAGCAUCAAAUCCCGUCAAUGAAGAGAUUGAUCUUGAUGAACUGAUGGAUGAUCCCGAGCUAGAAAAAUUGCAUGCGGAUAGGAUCGCAGCCCUCAAGAAAGUAGCCGAGAAACGAGAAAAAUUGAAAAGGCAAGGACAUGGGGAAUACCGAGAGAUAAGCGAGGGCGACUUCUUGGGUGAAGUUACGGGGAGUGAGAAAGUGAUAUGUCAUUUCUACCACAAGGAAUUCUACCGUUGCAAGAUAAUGGACAAGCAUCUUAAAGCCCUUACACCAAGGCAUACGGACACAAAGUUCAUCAAACUGGAUGCAGAGAAUGCCCCCUUCUUUGUUACGAAGCUUGCAAUCAAGACUUUGCCUUGUGUUGUGCUUUUCAGAAAGGGAGUGGCGACGGAUAGGCUAAUCGGGUUUCAGGAUUUGGGUGCUAAAGACGAUUUCGGCACGAAGACAUUGGAGAAUCUUCUGAUUAGAAAAGGUUUUCUAAGUGAGAAGAAAGAGGAGGAAGAGGGUGAAGAAGAUGAAUGGCAAGAGAUGAGACGCCGAACAGUUAGGUCCUCUUUGAACAUCGACUCUGAUUCAGACUGAUUUUCACUUUGAGAUCGCAUUACUGUUUCUGUAUCUUCACUGCUGCUGUUUUUUUUCCUUCCCGUCUUAUUUUUUAAAAAUGGCUCGAGGCUAUGUAAGGACAAAUUUGAUGUAAUAUCUUAAAAUUCAAAUAUUUUCGGUUGGAUUAGUAAU